CCACACCCAACCUGACGCUUCUCGUCUCCUCCUGCUUUCCCUUCGCCUUCGGUUUGCCGUCUCCUCGCCGCGACUCAGACCGACCGAAUACUAGGUCGCCUCGCCGGCGGCCGCCGCCACCGCCGGUCCCCGCCCCGACUCUCUUUGGACACGAGUUUGGAGUUGGAAAUAGAGAAAUCAACCUUGCAUCUCUGUUCUCUGUGCCGCUUUGCUUUAGAUUGCAGAAAAAAAAAUCAACCAAGCCAUUGCAUUUCACUGACUUGAGGUAACUAUGCCAAAGGACAGGAGCUCCCGUGUCGCUUCCUACGAGAGCCGCCGGUCUCGUGGUUCGCCGUACUUCUCUUCGCAUGGACGGAGCAGCGGUUCUCGCCGGUCAGAGGAGUCUUCCGCGGCUGCGGCGGUGGCCGCGGCAAAGCAGGCUGCAGAGUGGGAGGAGGUCCGCUGCCCCGUGUGCAUGGAUCACCCGCACAACGCGGUUCUGCUGGUCUGCUCGUCGCACGAGAAGGGCUGCCGCCCCUUCAUGUGCGACACGAGCUCCCGGCACUCCAAUUGCUACGACCAGUACCGCGAGGCCUCCAAGGAGAUCUCUAAAGAUCCAGAGGGGGCGGCUGCAGCGGCAGCUGCAGCUGCAGCUGCAGCAGAGUGCAGCGAGUGCCAGCAGCAGCUGAAUCUGUUGUGCCCGCUGUGCCGUGGGCCGGUCAGAGAUUGCAUCAAGGACUACGACGCGCGGAGGUACAUGAAUUCCAAGGUCCGGUCGUGCACCACGGAGUCGUGCGAGUUCAAGGGUGCCUACCACGAGCUGAGGAAGCACGCCAGGGUGGAACAUCCGUCGGCGAGGCCGAUGGAGGUGGAUCCAGAGCGGCAGCAGGACUGGCGCAGGAUGGAGCAGCAGCGUGAUCUUGGGGACUUGAUCAGCAUGCUGUACUCUGGGCUCAGCAGCGGCAUGGAGGAUGGUGGACUCAGGGCCAUCCAAGUAGGGGAAGAGGGCGUCACCGAGAGGGCAGCGCGCCCGUCCAUCAUGGUCCUCAUUAUGCGGCCAAGCGGCUCGAUCCAGCAGUACUUAUCAGGCCGCAGAAGGACGAUCAUUCUGUUAAGCCAGGCUCUCGGUGAACCCUCCCCAGCAGGAGCAAGCGGCAGCGGUGGCGAUGCCGAUGCCACCGCACCAGACAGCGAGGCAGGCGAUGACCCUGCGCCAUCGACCGAGGCGUCCGCUGGUUCGCAGCAUGGUGCCGAUGAAGAAGAAGCCAACGGCGACCCCGCGCAAUGACGGAUGGCAGCUGGUAGGCGGUGCCAUGGCAUCCUCUUGGCCUGAAGAUCCCGACCGGCAUGAUAUGUAUCGGUUUCGCCGAACAACCUGUGCCGCUUUUCUGGUGUAUAGCCAUUGAUGUUUGCGUCUCCAAGGCGUAGUCAGGACGUUCUGCCUACGCGGAAGAAGAAUCGAGAGGAAAUUGGCAACGCAGGGAGGGACAGUGCUCAAAAACUGUGGUGGAGUUGGGUCUCUGGUGUCGUUUCUAACGUAUUUGAUGGGGCUGCAGCAAACAAGAAAAAAGAGAGAACAAUUUGGUGGUUGUAUAUCUAUCUUUGUCGGAGUGGGUUCGAUUCGCUGCGUUGUAAUUCUCUUAUACGAAUACAUUCGUUCUGCAUUGAAGAAUUUGAUCGUUUUUCAUUUUUUUUUUC